CUUCUUUCCCUUCUUAAUAAACUUUACAUUGCAAAGCGUUACGCACAAAAAAAUAUUGUUGCGUUUGUCUGUUAAUGUUACAAUAUGUGUUAUUUAUUCGUAGAAUAUGUGUCAAGAAGUGUGAAUGUCUUAUAAUUUGACCUAUUAUUAAAGACAAUAUUACAAGGAAAAAAAUCAAUUAAAUGUUGGGUGUAUACACUAAAUACAAUGAUCAAACGAUUUCGUGAAUGAGAGGUUCUCCCAGAACAUCAAUUACAGAUUUCAAAAAAAAGCAAGUACUUUUGGCCUUAUGACUAUGUUUUCUUUGCCUAUAUGUAUGAACAACAAAAUGUCAAAUUACGAAAUAUGUCACACAGAAAUAACAAAUCGGUGAAAUGGUAUUAAAUAUUUUACAGGAUAUUUUUAGAACAUCGAUUGUGCUCUUUUAAUUACUAUUUGAAUUAAAGUACUCACUUCAUGUGACUUAAUCAUUAGCAAUGGCAGACGACGAUGUGCCCUCCGACAGCAGUCUCCUUGUGGUAAUAGUGGACACCAAUCCCAAUCAAAGAUACAUAAUAGAGGACCCCAAAAUGCUCACAAACGUCUUGGAUGCUGUAGUAGCAUUUAGUAACUCCCAUUUAAUGCAGAAAGCUAGUAAUGAACUUGCAGUAAUAGGCUGUCAUUUUCAUAAAAGUGAAUACCUGUAUCCAAGUCCUGGUAAACCUCUCGAUGUAAGACAAAUAGAUGGACAGUAUGAAUUAUUUACAUUAGUUGAGAAGACCAUCAAAAUGAGAUUAGUCAAUUUAAUCAAAAGUCAACCACAAGAAGAGAAACCCGGAGAAUCAUUGCUGGCCGGCGCUUUGGCACUGGGACUCUGUUUUAUUGCCAGAUCUCGACGUAGUGCCAUUCCGGGUUUAAGGACUAGCAGCCGUAUCCUCGUGGUCACGGGCAGCGCCGACACCGCUGCGCAGUACAUCAACUACAUGAACGUGUUCUUCACCGCACAGAAGGAGCAAGUCCUGAUCGACGUGUGCUCUGUGGACAAACACUUGAGUCUGCUGCAACAGGGUUGCGACAUCACGGGCGGCCUGUACCUGAAGAUACCGAGCUUGGAGGGCUUGCUGCAGUACUUACUGUGGGUUUUCCUGCCGGAAGCCAAUGAGAGAAGUAAACUGGUACUGCCGGGGCGGGGCCGCGUGGACUACCGCGCUGCCUGCUUCUGCCACAGGGAACUGCUCACCAUCGGCUACGUCUGCUCGGUUUGCUUGAGUGUUUUCUGCAAAUUCAGCCCGAUAUGUACAACGUGUCACACCGUCUUCAAAAUAGGAGGACCACCUAUCAAACCCAAGAAGAAGAAAAUGAAAGUUUAAAUUGACUUUUACCUGCUCUUAAUAUUCGUGAGCCCUUAAUACUAAUGUGUCCAUACUGUGAAAAUGAACCGGCAAUAUUAUAAAAAUUAAGUAUUUACUGGUGAUACGGCAUAUUGUAAAGUCCGCACGAGGAGAUACUACAAUUCAACCUCUUUCUGCCGCUAAGCAAUCCUGAGGUCCAUGUCGAUGUCUUAAAGUCAGGUGGACCAUGAGCAGUAGCAGAACUAUUCGAACUGUGUGUUCAAAUAAAUGUGUCACGAGCCAGCGCUUGAGUCAAUUGUGCCUCUCUAUCGCUUGUUCCGCGUUCUCGCUUGCACGCUCAGGCGGAACGUGACACUUUUUCGUGCGUGCAGCCGGUGUUAAUAUAUUUAUAAGACGUUAUCACAUCAAAACUAUUAAAAAAGCAGGCUUGUUACUGUUGGCGCACUCCCACAUUGCGAUUACUCAAUUUACAUGUAAACCAUUAAUGUAUCAUGUAAAAAACAUAAUAAAACCAACGACUGAUAA